GACGUCCUCGUUAGGGUUUCUAAUUUUCCACCGCUCUAUAUAUUCCCAAAUUCCAAUAUCUCUUCCUCUCUAGGGUUUCUUCAUUUCAUUUCCAAUAUUUCUUGCGAUUUGCUAUAUCAAGAGUGAUUCUAGGGUUUCUUUCAUCUUCUACGUUUCAGAUCUAUUCUGCGAAUUCAUCGAGAUGCCUCCAAGGACGGUAAAGAGAGGCUCGGCAUCCGCGGGAGCGAAGAGAGGUGGAAGGACUACCAGAGGGACGCCAAAGAAACAAGAUCAGCCGGCGGAAAGGGAGGUUGUGGAAGAGACGGCGAAGGUUGAGGAGGUAUCGGUGGUUGAGGUUGAAACCAAGGAGCUUCGCGAGGAAGUCGCGGUUCAGGAAAAAAGCCCUGUUGUAGAAGAUAAGCCUGUUAUUCAGAAUAAACCGGUAGUUGUCGAGGAGAAACAGCCGAUUGCUGUAGACGUUGGGGAGGUCGAAUCUUCGCGCGAAGUCAGAUCGGAUUCGAAACAAUCUGUUCCUCCUAAAAAAGAAGAAGAAGUAAAGGAUGAAGAAUAUGGGAAGGACGAGCGCUUGGAUCUCGAAGAUAACGAUCCCGAAUCAGAACCUGAUGAGGAUGGAGGGUUUGAGUAUGAUGAAAAAGAAAUUGAACAGGAGGAUGUUCAGGAAGUGGUAGAUGGGGAGGGGGAGCCUGAGGACAAUGUGGGGGAUGAGGAAGGUGAUAUGGUUGAAGAGGAUGUUGAGGAUGCUCAGGAGGAUCUUGAGGGGGAGGAUGAUGAUCAGCAAGGUGGUGAAGACCAUGAGCACGCUGGCAUGGUUGAUGCCGAUGAGGAUGAGCAUCAUGAAGUUGUUAAAGAGAGGCGUAAACGCAAGGAGUUUGAAGUGUUUGUUGGUGGCUUGGACAAGGACGUAAAAGAGGAGGAUUUGAAGAAAGUUUUCAGUGCAGUUGGUGAAGUCACUGAAGUCAGGCUAAUGAUGAAUCCGCAGACAAAGAAGAACAAAGGUUUUGCAUUCUUACGUUUUGCUACUGUGGAAGAGGCAAAACGAGCUGUGUCAGAGCUGAAGAAUCCUGUGAUUAAUGGUAAACAAUGUGGUGUGACUCCAAGUCAAGAUAGCGACACCCUUUUUCUUGGUAACAUAUGCAAGACAUGGAAAAAGGAUGCUCUGAAGGAGAAGUUGAAACAUUAUGGAGUUGAUAAUGUUGAGGAUCUGACACUGGUAGAGGAUAGUAAUAAUGAAGGAUCAAAUCGUGGAUUUGCCUUUUUGGAAUUUUCAUCUCGUUCAGAUGCUAUGGAUGCCUUCAAGCGUCUUCAAAAAAGGGAUGUUGUAUUUGGAGUUGAUAGGCCUGCCAAAGUGUCGUUUGCUGAUUCUUUUAUAGAUCCUGGUGAUGAAAUUAUGGCACAGGUCAAGACUGUUUUUGUUGAUAGUCUCCCUGCCUCAUGGGAUGAAGAAUUUGUUCGAGGACUUCUAAAGAAGUAUGGGGAGAUUGAGAAAAUUGAGCUUGCUCGAAAUAUGCCUUCGGCGAAGAGAAAGGAUUUUGGCUUUGUUACAUUUGACACACAUGAUGCUGCGGUUUCCUGUGCAAAGAGCAUCAACAACUCAGAGCUUGGUGAAGGGGACAACAAGGCUAAAGUAAGGGCUAGAUUAUCCAGACCAUUGCAAAGAGGCAAAGGAAAACAUGCUAGUCGUACUGAUUAUUGGCCUGGGCGCACAACUGGACGUGUAAGGGGUUCUUGGACACGACCAGCUCCACGAAGUAUUCCUAUUCGUGGAGUUAGAGGUGUUGGCAGCCAUCUCCCACCGGUCAGUGUAAAGAGGCCUAGUGGUGUUAGAGAUAGACGUCCCGUCAUUGCAGUGCCACCACGAGGAAGACCUGUUGCUGCUGUAGCGAGGUCUUACGACAGGGGUCCUCCUGUUGCUUCUUACUCAAAGAGUAGCUUGAAGAGGGAUUAUGGUCGACGGGAGGAGCUGCAUCCAUCCAGAAGCCGGAUGCUAGUUGAUUAUGCCUCCAGAGUUGUACCAGAAAGAAAUCCAUCCUACAGAGAUGAUUAUGCUUCUCGGGCUGCUGCCUUCUCUGAUCCACCUAGGAGAGAUGCACCCAGAAGAGCUUAUGUAGAUGAUGGAUACAGCCGGAGGUUUGAAAGACCCCCUCCACCAAGCUACCGUGAUGUCCGUGCACGCGAUUAUGAUGCUCUAAUUGGAUCGAAACGACCAUAUUCUUCAAUGAGUGAUGUGCCUCCAGCUUAUGCUGAUACUGGUGUUCGUCAAUCAAGAAGUCGUUUAGACUACGAUUAUGGUGCUGGUGCUUCUCAAUAUGGUGAUGCUUAUGAUAGCAGGAUUGGAAGAUCAAAUAUUGGAGGAUAUGAUAGUCGAAGUUCCAUAUCAGGUUCUUUUAGCAGUGAUGUCGGUGGAAUGUAUUCGUCUAGCUAUGGCGGGGACUAUAUGACCCGUGGUAGCAAUGUUGGUGGCAGUUCUUCUUACUCGUCAAUGUACCCUGGUCGUAGUGUGGGGGGAAGCAGUUAUAUGGGCAGCGGUGGUUCUGGAUCAUACUAUUGAUACUCAAUAUGAAAAAGAGGCUUCUAUAGGAUGUGGACAAUGUUGGGAAGCGUGCAUUAUCUAUCUGCCUACAGUUCUGGGAAGAAACUUUAUCAAGAUUAUAACCGCCUCUGAACUUUAUUUCUAGAAUAUGUAUUGAAUGAUGGACCAUACUGGUUAAGUUGUUAAGACCUUGCUGGUUUUUGAUAUUUGUAAUUCUGGAUUGGACCAUGUAAGGGAACUUGUGACAUAUUCAGAAAUGAAGAAAGACGUGCCUGAUUGUGCAUAUUCUCUCAUAA